UUCCCCAUUGUUCCCUGGCAUCAUUGUUGCUCUCACCUCACAGCUGCUCAGCCAUGGCCCCCAAAAAAGCCAAGAGGAGGACAGCAGAUGGCGCCAACUCCAACGUCUUCUCCAUGUUUGAGCAGGCCCAGAUCCAGGAAUUCAAGGAGGCCUUCACCAUCAUGGACCAGAACCGAGACGGUUUCAUCGACAAGAACGACCUGAGGGACACGUUUGCAGCACUUGGACGCUUGAACGUGAAACAGGAAGAGAUCGAUGAGAUGCUGAAAGAAGCUCCCGGCCCAAUCAACUUCACCGUCUUCCUCACCAUGUUUGGAGAGAAACUGAAAGGUGCUGAUCCAGAAGAGACUAUCCUCAAUGCAUUCAAAGUCUUUGACCCAGAAGGGAAAGGUGUGCUGAGGAAGGACUAUGUGACACAAAUGUUGACAACACAAGCCGACAGAUUCAGCCCAGAAGAGAUGGAGCAGAUGUUUGCUGCCUUCCCCCCAGAUGUGGCAGGGAACCUGGACUACAAGAACCUGGUGCACAUCAUCACCCACGGCGAGGAGAAAGACCAGGAGUGACGUGUCUCUUCGAGGAAAUAACUUUGCUGCAAGGAUCCAGACCACACCCCAGACCGUGGACAUGUGCCAGAACCCACACCACAUUAACACAAGUCCCGCCCUCCUUUUUUUUUUUGUUUCCCAAUGACCGUCUCCUUCAGGUCUACGCUUG